AUGGAGAAGUUCAACAAUAAAGGCAGCAGCGCCAAGCUGAAGCAUCGCCUCACUUGGAUGCUGCUCGGCUCCUCUUGCACCACCACCACUACCAUUGCAGAGGCCGCCCCUGAUCCCUGUACAGAUUGCCGCUACCGCAACAGCCGCCCCAGUCGUGCGACCAACGACCACCGCCCCCGCCGCGUCGACCCAGUCGGGCGUGUCAAGCCACUCUUUCUCUUUAUGAACAAGAAGGAGAAUGAUAAGGAAAAGAGGGCACUGAUCGAGUCUGUGAGUCCGUCUGAAGGUAAGCAGCGGACCAAGGAAGCCUCUGAGAGGAAGAAGAAGAAGAAGAAGAAGAAGACGAAGAAGAAGAAGCAGAAGAAGGUGUUGUUCGAUGCUUAUGGAUUCACCAGCUCUUCUUCCUUGGACAGCGAGAACGAUCACGAUCUCUUCAGCAGUGAUGAAGAGGAGAAAGACGAGGACGAAUCAGGGACUCUGUUCUCAUCCAAGAGCUUCUCCACCGAAUCCUCUGAAUUCUACCACAGCAGCAGGAAGAAGAAGAAGAAGAACACGAGGAGAAAGAGCAUGAAGUCCACCCGGCGCCCGCCAAGGAGACAUGUGAAGCAUUCCCAAGAACCGCAGCCGCUGGUCUCCAUCUCAUCGUCCGAGAAGGAAACGAAGCCGGAGGCAGCGGCGUACAUUGCCGGGUUCCCGGUGGUGAAGCGAUCCACCGACCCUUACGGCGAUUUCAGGAGAUCAAUAGCGGAGAUGAUCGUGGAGCGCGGCAUGAGCAGAGCUCGCGACUUGGAGCGGCUCCUCCACGCUUACCUCCACCUCAACUCCCCUCGUCACUAUCAGGCCAUCCUCGAGGCGUUUUCCGAUGUAUGCGAAGCUAUCUUUGGCAAAUAG